AUGGCACCUCCUGAUGAUCCUGUUAGUCCAAUCCUCAGUUUGUGUCGGUCCAACGGUUUAGAACAAUACUUUGAUUUGUCUAAUGGAAAGUUUAGUGUCAAAGGUGUUCCAUUGCUCUCUGAAGUUCCAAGCAAUGUCACUUUUAAUCACUUCCACUCAACCUCCCAAUCUUCUGAUGCUCCAUUUCCUCUAAUCCAACGCGUUCGUGCCUUGUCCCACAAGGGCGGGUUCCUUGGAUUCAACAAGGAGGAGCCCUCAGAUAGGUUGAUGAACUCCUUGGGUAGAUUCAGUAACAGGGAUUUCCUUAGCAUCUUUAGGUUCAAGACCUGGUGGUCUACAAUGUGGGUGGGGAAUUCUGGGUCAAGUUUGCAAAUGGAAACCCAAUGGGUGCUCUUAGAUGUCCCAGAGAUUAAGUCCUAUGUGAUAAUCCUGCCCAUUAUUGAAGGCAGUUUUAGGUCUGCUCUUCAUCCUGGCACUGAUGAUCAUGUAAUGAUCUGUGCUGAGAGUGGUUCUACCCAAGUGCAAGCAUCGAAUUUUGAUGCCAUCGCUUAUGUUCAUGCCUCUGAAAAUCCCUACAACUUGAUGAAAGAAGCCUAUAGUGCUCUCAGGGUCCAUCUCAAUACCUUUAGGCUGUUAGAAGAGAAGACAGUCCCAAAUCUAGUUGACAAAUUUGGUUGGUGUACUUGGGAUGCCUUCUACUUAACUGUAGAACCUGUUGGUGUCUGGCAUGGUGUCAAAGAAUUUGUUGAAGGCGGUGUAUCCCCUAGGUUUCUCAUCAUUGAUGAUGGCUGGCAAAGCAUCAAUUUGGAUGGUGAGGACCUGCAUGAGGACGCGAAAAAUCUAGUUCUUGGUGGGACUCAAAUGACUGCUAGGCUUCACAGGUUUGAGGAGUGCAAGAAGUUCAGGAACUACAGAGGAGGGUCUAUGUUGGGCCCUGAUGCUCCUUCAUUUGAUCCUAAAAAGCCAAAGUUGUUGAUAGCCAAGGCAAUUGAAAUAGAGCAUGCUGAGAAGAAUCGUGACAAGGCCAUUCAAUCUGGAGUCACUGACUUGUCCGAGUUUGAAACAAAAAUUCAGAAGCUGAAGCAAGAGUUGAAAGAGAUAAUUGGUGAAGAAGAAAGCAGUGCUUCUAAUGAAGGCUGUGGAAGCUGUUCUUGCGGAGCUGAUAACUAUGGAAUGAAGGCCUUCACAAGCGAUUUGAGAACCAAAUAUAAAGGUUUAGAUGAUAUAUAUGUAUGGCAUGCUCUCUGUGGUGCCUGGGGUGGUGUUAGGCCAGGUGCAACCCAUCUCAGUGCAAAGGUCAUCCCCUGCAAAGUCUCUCCUGGACUUGAUGGGACCAUGACUGACCUUGCUGUGGUGAAAAUCGUUGAGGGGGGGAUCGGGCUUGUUAAUCCUGAUCAAGCCGAUAAUUUGUUUGACGCUAUGCACUCCUACCUUUCCAAAGUUGGUAUCACAGGAGUCAAAGUGGAUGUUAUUCAUACUCUUGAAUAUGUAUCUGAGGAAUACGGAGGCCGUGUGGAGCUUGCAAAGGCUUAUUACAAGGGGCUGACUCAUUCUCUUCAGAAGAACUUCAAUGGGACUGGACUUAUUGCUAGCAUGCAUCAAUGCAACGACUUCUUCUUCCUUGGGACAAAGCAAAUCUCUAUAGGAAGAGUUGGUGAUGAUUUUUGGUUCCAGGAUCCAAAUGGAGAUCCUAUGGGAGUUUACUGGUUACAAGGUGUUCAUAUGAUUCAUUGUGCCUACAACAGCAUGUGGAUGGGUCAGAUCAUACAUCCAGAUUGGGAUAUGUUCCAAUCAGACCAUCCGUGUGCCAAAUUUCAUGCAGGAUCUAGGGCUAUCUGUGGGGGUCCAGUAUAUGUAAGCGACUCGGUUGCUGGUCAUGAUUUCAAUCUCAUUAAGAAGCUUGUUUACCCAGAUGGUACCAUCCCCAAGUGCCAGCAUUUUGCGCUUCCCACCAGGGACUGCCUCUUCAAAAACCCUUUAUUCGACAACAAAACUGUUCUGAAAAUUUGGAACUUCAACAAGUAUGGUGGGGUGAUUGGAGCUUUCAACUGCCAAGGGGCUGGCUGGGACCCCAAGGAGAAGAGGAUCAAAGGCUACUCAGAUUGCUACAAGCCAAUCUCUUGUUCAUUGCAUGUUUCAGAAAUUGAAUGGGACCAAAAGAUAGAAGCAGCCAAUCUAUGUAAGGCCGAAGAGUAUGUGGUCUAUCUCAACCAGGCUGAAGAACUUCGACUCGUGACCCCGAAAUCUGAUGCAAUUCAAAUCACCAUCCAACCAUCUACAUUCGAGCUUUUCAGCUUUGUGCCAAUUAAAAAGAUAGGAAGCAGCAUCAAGUUCGCGCCAAUUGGACUUACAAACAUGUUCAACAGUGGAGGAAGUGUCCAAGAGUUGGAGUACAAAACUACUGCAGUUGAGUUUAGUGCCCAGAUGAAGGUUAAAGGUGGAGGCAAUUUCUUGGCCUACUCAAGUGAGUCUCCAAAGAAUGUUGUUUGA